AUGGAUUUGGUAGAGAUCGUCUCACAAACACCUUACUCUCUCAAGGUUGUGUGCUUGAAACAGCGCUUAAGUCUGAGGCUCUACAAGCUGCAGGAAGAAGAGACUGCCUGGUGUGGCCUGCAAGCCUUGAUUCUUGCCAUGAACCAUGCUGUUGCCGUUAUGGAAUCUGGCUUCCCUCACCACUCUGCAUGCCAUACUUUCUUGAUUACUGCAUCAUUAAGGUCUUGGCAGAAAACCUCACCAUUGUCACUGAGUGACCUGUUGCUGGGUUUUUCAAGCCUUGGUGAAAUUCAGUUUGUCCUCUUUGUGGUUUUCCUUUUUCUAUACCUAGUCAUCCUCAGUGACAAUGUCACUAUUGUUAGUGUCAUCCUCCUGGAUAAAAGCCUCCACACACCAAUGUACUUCUUCCUCAGCACUCUCUCAACAUUAGAGACCUUCUACACCUUUGUCGUCUUACCCAAGAUGUUCAUCAAUCUCCUUUCUGUGGCCAGGACAAUCUCCUUCACCUGUUGUGCCAUCCAAAUGUUCUUCUUCCUUGGUUUUGCUAUUACCAACUGCCUGCUACUGGGAGUGAUGGGCUAUGGUCAUUAUGCUGCCAUUUGUCAACCUCUGCAUUACCCUAUCCUUAUGAGUUGGCAGGUGUGUGGAAAAUUGGGAGCCACCUGUGGGAUUGGUGGGUUCUUGGCCUCACUAACAGUAGUGUAUUUAGUUUUCAGCCUUCCUUUCUGUAGUGCCAACAAAGUCAACCAUUAUUUCUGUGACAUCUCACCAGUCAUUCAUCUGGCUUGCACAAAUACAGAUGUUCAUGAGUUUGUCAUAUUCAUCUGUGGGGUUCUUGUACUUGUGGUCCCAUUUUUAUUCAUCUGUGUUUCUUAUAUCUGCAUUCUGAGGACUAUCCUGAAGAGUCCCUCUGCUGAAGGCAGACAGAAAGCCUUUUCCACCUGUGCCUCUCACCUCACUGUUGUUAUUAUUCACUGUGGUUGUGCUUCCUACAUCUACCUGAGACCAACAGCAAACUAUGUGUCGAAAAAGGACAGGCUGGUAAUGGUGACAUACACUAUUGUCACUCCAUUAUUAAACCCCAUGGUAUACAGUCUCAGAAACAAGGAUGUCCAAGUUGCUAUUAGAAAAGUGUUGGGGAAGAAAUGA